AUGUCAAAGAAUUCACGUUCAUCUUCUUCAGCUACUAAUUCAUCUCAACAAAAUUUACAUAGUCGUCUUAUGAGAACUCCUGUUUCAGAUAUCUCUAACAGAUCUCCUCUUUCAUAUAUCACAAAUGUUACUUCACCGAAUGAAAGGCGUAAGCUUCGAAAAUUAAUACUUGAUAAUAAGGAAUCAAAGAAUGCAUCGUCAUCAUCAACGAAUGUUCGUAACAUCUUUUCUGACAAUGCAAAUUUGGUCGAAUGUUCUGAUACUACGGAUCAACAUAUGUACUCCAUUGCGUGUCGAGCAGUUAGAAAUGCUAUUGGUUCUUUAAUUUCAACUACACCGGGUACACCUCUAGAUAGCAACCGUCGAUGUUCCAUUACUUCUAGCAUUAUUAGCAGUAACAAUCAACCGAUAUUGGGUAGUAACUCUACGCUUACACGGCUGUCUUCUGGUAAAAGUAACCUCGAGCGCAAGAAGCGUGAUAAUACUCCUGUACCUAUGCUCUCUUUGGAUUCAGAUCAAGACAAUGUGUUCUUGUGCACUGAUGAAGAUCCUUAUAAAGGGAUAUCUAAAUAUUAUUUGGACCAUGGUGACCAAGUGCUUACAUGUCAGCUUUGUAGUGCAAAAUUAUGGACAUCAGAAGGUGGAAAAGGUCGUUUAACUAUAAAUAAGCUAUGUUAUAGUAUGUGUUGUGGGUAUGGUAAAGUUCAGCUACCGCCUUUAAAGGAUGCACAUCCGUCUUAUCAAAAUUUGUUUUCUUCCUCCAAUGCAAAAAGCAAGUUCUUCCUGAAGAACAUAAGACGUUACAACUCUAUGUUCUCUUUUACAUCUAUGGGUGGAAAGCUUGAUUCUAAUAUCAACAAGGGCAAUGCUCCAUUUAUAUACCGUAUCAGUGGCCAAAACUAUCAUUGCAUGGGGAGUCUCAAACCUCCAGCUGGAAAUGAAGCUAAGUUUUGUCAGCUAUACAUACAUGAUACCGAAAAUGAAAUAACAAAUAGACAGGCAUUAUUCAGAACCAAACCUUCAUCGCCUGCUGAUAAAGAACUUGAUGUUGAAAUGAUAGAGUAUUUGAGGGCUUUAUUAGAUUCACAAAAUAUGUUGGUUAAGACAUAUAGGAUGGUCAGAAACCAUUUUCUCCAAUCUCCAUAUGCCAAUCUUAGUCUGCGACUAAUUUAUAGAAGAGAAAAAGACGGCAGGACAUAUAACUUACCCACCACAUCUGAAGUUGCUGCUUUGGUUGUCGGAGACGUAGAUAAAGCUAUAGACCAUCGUGACAUUGUUGUCGAGACUCAAUCGGGAAUGCUGCAGCAAAUUAGCGAAUUACACCCAUCGUAUCUUGCUCUGCAAUAUCCGUUACUUUUCCCAUAUGGUGAUGAUGGUUAUAGAGUUGAUAUUCCUCAUAGAGAUUUUAUGUCCACACAAAAGAAAAUAAAACCAAAGUGCACAAUGAGAGAAUUUUUUUCAUAUGGGAUCCAAGAUAGAACUUAUGGCUUUUCCUUAAUUUUAAAUGGGCGAAGGUUGUUACAACAGUUUUUGGUUGAUGCGUACACAAUGAUUGAGAGCAAAAGACUAAAGUACAUCCGUAGGCAACAAGCGAACCUUCGCUCUGAAACAUUUGAGAAUCUUCAAAAGUAUAAAUCUAAAGGUAAGGAAGUUUUAACAGAUACUGGAAAGCCUGUUAUACUUCCUUCUUCAUUUACUGGUGGUGCAAGAUUCAUGCAACAAAAUUACCUCGAUGCAAUGGCCUUAUGUAAGUGGUAUGGGUACCCUGAUUUCUUCAUAACUACAGCGUGUAAUCCUAAGUGGCCUGAAGUAAAACGAUUUCUAAAAGAUUCAACCAUCAAAGCCGAAGACAGGCCUGACAUAUUGUGUCGAUUGUUUAAAUUGAAGCUUGAUUCCUUACUCAAAGAUUUGAAGGAUUCUAAGUAUUUUGGUGAGAUUAACGCUGUUGUUUAUAUAGUAGAAUUUCAAAAGCGUGGUCUUCCUCAUGCACAUAUAUGCUUAUUCAUGAAGACAACUAUUGAUUCAAAUGGUUUUCCUGUGUACAGAAGAAGAGAUUCAGGUCAUACAGUUAUAAAAUCUGGUGUUAGAUUAGACAACAGAAAUGUUGUUCCUUAUAACAAAAGACUUUUGAAAAGAUAUCAAGCACACAUUAAUGUUGAAUGGUGUAAUCAAGCCGGUUCAGUGAAAUAUUUGUUCAAGUACAUUAACAAAGGUCCUGAUAUUGCUACUGCGGUAGUUUCUGAUGAUACAAGUUCAACCAUCAAAAAAAAGCCAAAAGACGAGAUCAAGGAGUAUUAUGAUUGUAGAUAUAUUUCAGCUUGUGAGGCAUCCUGGAGAAUAUUCUCUAAUGAGGUUCAUUAUAGGCAUCCUGCUGUUAUGAGGCUUCCCUUUCAUUUGCCCGACCAACAGAAUGUUGUGUAUGGUGCGGAUGACGAUAUUGAUAAUGUUUUAAGCAAGCCUUCUAUUGCUUAUUCAAUAUUUGUGCAAUGGAUGAAGUUGAAUGAGACAAAUGAAGAUGCUAGAAAGCUGACUUAUGUUGAGUUUCCUUCCAAAUUUGUUUGGAUACUUAAAGAUAGAUGUUGGCAGAUACAUAAGAUGUACCAGUGUGUUGGCCGGAUUCAUUCUGUAUAUCCUGCAUUAGGCGAACCUUAUUUUUUGAGGAUGCUACUCAAUAAAGUUAAAGGGCCUAGAUCAUUUGAGGAGAUACGUACAGUUAACGAUCAAUUAUUCCCGACUUUUAGAGAUGCUUGCUAUGCGAUGGGACUCUUAGAUGAUGACAAUGAAUACAUUGAGGCCAUUAAAGAAGCAAGUUUUGAAGGACAUGCUGGGUAUCUUCGAGCGUUAUUUGCUACCCUGCUUUUGUCAAAUACUCUAUCUUGGCCAGAAUUUGUUUGGGAUAAUACGUGGAAAUACUUAGCUGAUGAUAUUGUUUAUAGGCGUUUAAUGCUUCCUGAAUAUCAGAUUAAGAACCUUACUUUGUUGAAAAUUGAAAACUAUUUAAUUUCCAAUGGUUCAUCAUUACAAAGGUUUGUCACUAUGCCGUACCCUGAUGACGAUUCCUUACGUGAUGCUUCUAAUCGUCUGAUCAAUGAAGAGCUGUCACAUGACCUAGAUGAAGUACAAGCUGAGUUUAACAGGUUGCAUCAAUCUCUUACAGAUGAACAACGAGCGGUUUUUGAUGAAAUAAUGGAAGCAGUUGUAGGGCUUAAUUAA